AAUCUCAGGCAUAUACGAGUAGCUCAUCGAGAAUGAAAAACAAGCAAAGCAUAAACUUUUUCGCCGCUGUUUAGACAUCCACGAAAGUCGAAAGGAACAGAGUUUAUUUUAAAACUUAAAACAAAAACACUUAAAUAAAAAAAAAUUCCGUUCCCCAAGAAAAAUUAGAAAACGGUCAGUUGCGAGCGGACCUCUGAAAUUAGCGGAACUUUUGCCAACCAUAGUCCGCGAAAGACGUUCAUUUUUUGACUUUUUUUUAACUUAAAUUUAAGUUUAGCUUUUUUAUUUAAUUUUGUUUUAAUUGUGUUCUCUGUAAAAAGAAAAUAUACACACAUAUAUACAAAAAUUAGUUUUCUUUUUGAUCGUUUUUCACGUUCGCUCAGUUGAUACGCCUUUCUAUAUAAAGUUAAGUUAGAAAAUAUUUCUUUUUUUAUUUAAUUUAUUUUGUUUAAACUUAAAGUUAAAUACAAAUUUUUCAUCAAAACGAUAUGACAUUUUCGCGAAUAAAAGUGAUAACUAUAUUAGUGUGCUCAUUUUUGGCACUUAGUUUUCCCGGAUAUGUAAACUGUGCAAACAAAAAAGGAUCACAGGGUGGUGGCUCUGCCCCACCACCACCACCAGCACUUCCUCUAGAACCAGAAGCCGUAAUCGAGGAGGUCAAUGCGAAGCAAUUGGAUAAGCUCCUAGCCGAAAAGGAUUACGUGGCCGUAUUCUGGUAUGCCAGAAGUUGUGUAACCUGUGAUAAAGUAUUGUCUGAACUCGAAAAAAUUGACGAUGACACUGAUUCGUUUGGUGUGGACUUUGUAAAAAUUAACGAUAAACGACUAGCAAAACAAUAUGGAAUUAAAACCUUCCCAGCGCUCACGUACUUCCGUGAAAAGGAACCAAUUAUCUACGAUGGUGAUCUUAUGGACGAAGAAGGCGUCCUCGAUUUCCUUACAUCACUCGAAGCCAUGGACCUGCCCGAUCGCAUUGAAGAAGUUAACGCAAAGAUUUUGCUUAAAAUCAUCGAGGAUACUGAUUUCGUAGCCGUACUUUUCUGUCCUGAUCAUGCGACAUGUCCUCCAAGGGUAAUGGAUAAGCCGGAUUGCCGAAAAUGCGCCAAAGCGCUUCAGGAAUUGGAGAACAUUGACGAUGAAGCCGAUCAAUUGGGAAUUGGAUUUGUGAAGAUUCAUGACGAAGCACUUGCCGAUGAAUAUAAUCUAGGAGGCCUACCUGCUCUCGUUUAUUAUCGCCAUCAAACACCCAUUAUCUACGAAGGUGAAUUGUCCCGCGAAGAAGACGUUCUCGAAUGGUUGGUUCAGAAUAAGUCCACUGGUGAUGAAGAUGAUGUUAUCGAAGAUGUCACUGCCAAAACAUUGGGAACCUUGAUUAGCAACAUUGACAACUUGGUUGUACUAUUUUAUGAUCACGGCGACGAUGACUCCAUGACCGUAUUGGAAGAGCUAGAAAAAAUUGACGACGACUGUGACAAACAUGGCAUUCAGUUUGUUAAAAUUGAUGACGCUAAGGUCGCAGCUGAAUUUGGAAUUGAUUCGAUCCCUGCAAUUGUGUAUUUUGAAAAACAAAUUCCAAAUGUUUACGAUGGUGAUCUGAUGGAUGAGGAUCAGAUCUUACACUGGUUGCUGGGACAAUUGGAAAGUGACGAAAUCGAAGAUGUUACUGACGAAAUGCUCGAUAAACUGGUCAAGGAGGGCAAAGUAAUGGCAGUUCUAUUCUAUGACAACAAUGACAAAAAAUCACAAAAAGUUCUCGAAGAAUUAGAAAAUAUCGAUGAUGAAUGCGAUUCGCUGGGUAUUACCUUCGUUAAGAUCGACAAUCCUGAUGAAGCUCUCGAGUAUGGCAUUAAUAAAGUUCCUAAACUUAUCUACUUUGAAAAAGGCAUUCCGACCAUAUAUGAAGGCAAUUUAGAGGAUGAAGAGAAAUUACUCAAAUGGCUUGAGGAUCAAACUAGCUCGGAUCAAAUUGAAGAUGUUACCGAUGAGAUGUUAGAUUUGAUUGUGGAAAAAAUGUCAUAUGUAGCGGUGUUGUUUUACGACAAAGAUCAAAAGAAAUCACAAAAGAUCCUUGCCGAGUUGGAAAACAUCGAUGAUGAAUGUGAUCAAAAUGACAUUGCUUUUGUUAAAAUCGACGACGAUAGUGAAGCCAAAGAAUGGGGUAUUGAUGAAAUUCCAUCAAUUGUUUUCUACGAACGCGGUAUUCCCCAUAUUUAUGAAGGCGAUUUAAUGAAAGAAGACGAACUUCUUGGCUGGUUGAUUCAUCAGAAACGUUAUUCUGAAAUUCCAGAAGUUACUGACGAAAUGAAGGAUAAACUUAUUGAAACCACCGAGCAUUUAGCAGUUAUUUUUUACGACAAGGACGACAAACAAGACAUUCGGGUAUUGAAUGAACUUGAAAAUAUCGAUGAUGAACUAGAAAAGGAAGGCAUUGUUAUUGUUCGCAUUGAUAACGCUGCCGAAGCUAAGGAAUACGGCUUAGAUCAUUUGCCAGCUUUGAUUUACUUCGAAGAAAAAAUUCCAGCCCUCUAUGAAGGUGAUCUUAUGAAUGAAGAAGAAGUUUUGGAAUGGCUUAUUUUACAAAAGAGAACUGCCACAAUUGAAGAGGUCACCGAUGAGAUUUUGGUCAAUUUGAUUAACGAUCAUGAAUAUGUUGUUGUAUUCUUUACGGGCAAUUGUGAGCCUGGUGAUAAAUGUGAAAAGACUCUCAAUGCACUUGAGAGUAUCGACGAUGAGCUAGAUGAGGCUGGUAUUAUUUUCGUAACAACUGAAGAUAUAACUUUGGCUAAGAAAUAUGGAAUCAAGACCUAUCCACAAUUGGUGUUCUUCAGAAACCGUGAUCCAAUGGUAUUCCCUGGAGAUCUUGACGACGAAGAUGAAGUUUUGUCUUGGGUAACCGAUGAAGAAACUUUGGAAAUUCCUGGUAAAAUCGAAGAAGUUAAUAUGAAAAUGUUAGAGAAGAUUUUGUCGGAGAACGAACAUGUUGUUGUGUUUUUCUAUCGGGAAGGUGAUAAGAAAGCCCAAAAGAUCUUAAAUGAACUUGAAAAUAUUGACGAUGAAUGUGAAGAAAAGGAUAUUGAUUUUGUCAAAACUUCUGAUGAUGGUGUUGACAAGGAAUAUGAUGUACAAACACUGCCCGCUCUAGCAUUCUAUAGAAAUAAAUUUAGGACAUUCUAUCAAGGUGACUUGAUGAAGGAAGAGGAAAUUCUAGAAUGGGUUAUUGAACUGUAUGAAUCGAAUGCUGAUGUUAUUGAAUCUGUUGAUCGCAAAACCCUUCAAGUUUUGAUCAAUGAUGUUGAACAUUUAGCAGUAUUUUUCUAUGACGAUAAAUGUAGUACAUGUUCUGAAAUUCUCGAAGAACUAGAGAAUAUUGAUGAUGAUACAGAUAAACAUGGUAUUCAGUUUGUCAAAUCCAAUGAUGUCAAAUUAGCCCAUGAGAUUGGAAUAUUUGCUUUCCCAGCUUUAGUGUACUAUGAAACUGGAGUUCCGAUCAUGUAUGAUGGUAAUCUCAAAAACGAAAACCGUGUUUUGCAGUGGUUGGUCAAUCAAAAAAGAAAUGGUGGGAAUAUAAGAAAAGUUGGAGGUAUCAGAAAGAAAUAUAUCAAAUCUCAGGAGGAUGAUGAUGAACACAUUAAAAGGAAUGGUGCUAACGACGAUGACGAUGAUGACGAUGAUGACGAUGACGACAGUGACGACAAUGACGACAAUGACGACAAUGACGACAAUGACGACAAUGACGACGAUGACGACGAUGACGAUGAUGACGACGAUGACGACGAUGACGACGAUGACGACGAUGACGACGAUGACGACGAUGACGACGAUGACGAUGAUGACGAUGACGAAGACGAUGACGACGAUGAUGACGAUGAUGACGACGAUGACGACGAUGACGACGAUGACGACGAUGACGACGAUGACGACGAUGAUGACAAUGACGAUAACGAUGAUCACCUUAAAACUGUCAAAAAAUUACCUAUGAACACAAAGCCAAGUGGAACCAAUAAUUUCAACGCACCAAAAUUUUUCAAAAAAUUUCUAGAUCCCAAAAAAACAAAAUCUAAGCCUUCCUCGAAAGAUGACGAAUGUUUCUAUGUUGGAUUGGGUCAUGGCGGCCAAUCAGCAAGGCAGGGCAAUAUAUACGUUCCCAAUGAAUACAAACCAUUCCAGUGCUGUCCAACAAAGCUUGAGAAGUCAACCAAAGUUCCCCAAAUGACUGCCCAGCGUAUCGGCCAUGAAACCCUAGACAAGGGUGGAAACUUCAAAUUCAGCCCAACAUCUGCACCAUCGAAGACAACAGCCAGUCCAAAGCUAUCAUCAUCAACAAAGAAGUCCGCAUCCGCAGCUGAUUUUGAUAUACCAAUGGUUAAGGUCUCGUAUGCUUCCCCAAAACCCGGUGCUUCAUCCAAAAAAACCCCAACCCCAUUGCCCACAUUGAAAAAAGACACAAAAUCUAACACUAAAACGAGUCCCUCUGAUGAGAAACCAAUUGGCAAAAGCGGCAAAAAAUCCCUAUCCAAUGACCAUCAUUCAAUUGGCAAAGACGGCGAAAAGAUCAACGUCAAAUCCGGAAUAAAUUAUUUGCAAAUUCGAAUUAAAAAUUUAUAUGACCUUAUGUUUCAGGAUUACUCUCUGUGGGAAUAAAGAAGCAAUAUAGUAAUUGAAUUUGAUUUUGUUUAUGAAAAAAAAACCCAAACAAUAAUAAAUUGCUAUUCAAUACACACACAAAAAACACACAAACCACAAAAAUAAACAAAAUAAAAAAAAAUCUAAGCCUUAAGCCACCUGAUCCACCUGAUACCGAAUCAAUUUUGAAAAUUCAAUAGCAAAAUCCUUGAAAAACAGGACACAAAACGUUUCCUCCCCCAAGAGAGAAAGAGAGAAACGAAUUUUACAGCAGGAGCUUGUUCGAAUCGAUUUGACAAUUGCUCCAUCAUAAGUGACGUUCCCAACACCAGACUGUCACAAAUCUCAAUGAUCACCAUAACUGUCAAUGUCACUGUCACUGUAAACGUCACCGAAACUCAAACUGUCAAAACAAUCCAAGAACGUCAUCACGUCAUAUCCUGGAUGCAUGGUCCAAAACACACAAACACAUUGCCAUAAGUCAUGAAAAUCGCCCGAAAGGUUUACAACACAAAUCCAGAAAAUCACAAUUAACAGAACUGUCUUACUAACUGUUUCUCCUCAAAAAAAACAUGUAUUUCAAAUAAGCUCUCUAAACCUUUAAAUUCAAAUCUCAAAAAACUUGAUCAUUUCUGUUAACAAAGUGCAUUUCGUCAUUUACUGGAUCCUAUUUUGUAAAGAACAAGCGUGCAGUCUUUUAUUCAUAACCAUAAAUUAGUAGGGUACACAUGAUAAUCGUGUUAACCUUUUGAUUAAAUUUCAAAAACUAUUUUUUUCCGGGAACGGUUGAUUGGAUUUUCUAAAUAAAAAGCAAAUCAUGAUUAUUCUUUAUUGGCUGUGUGUACCAAAUCAUUCUAGGCUAAACUCUAUCAUCCGUUUGUCAAAAACAAGCCAAGAAAACAAAUUCAAUCAGAUUCGAACUACACAAAAACUGCAAGAAAAGGCUGAAUAUUAUUUAUUUCAUUCUAUUUGCACAAAGCUGCACGCUUUUUCAAAAAAAAAAUAAAUAAAUAUAUUUUUGUAUAUUUUAUUGUUAAAUUAAAAUCUUAAAAAAAAAUAAAACUAAAAUAACUUUUGAUACUAUCGUUUACAAAUUUGUACAUUUUGUUGAUGCUUUAAAAUCAAUAACACUAAGAAGCAAGUUGAUUUUGUUUUUCUAACUUCCAAUCUCGAAAAAUCUCGCCAAAGCUGAAUAAUACAAAUACAAACAUUUUUUUUGCACAAUUAUUAAUAAUUUAAUUUUUUUUGUUAAAGUAGAAAUACAAUUUAUUUGUUUUUUUGUUAUAUAAUAUUUACUGCUGUUAUCUUAUAUUGUUGUUACUGUUAUAAAAUGUUUAUAUUAUUUUAUUAAUAGAAACAUUAAAUUUUAAGCUUACAACUUUAUUAAAAUUUUUGAUUUGUUUAGUGAGAAUAUAAUAACGAGAAGACUUGCAAAUUUAGAAAGUAUAAAAUUAUUUUAAAACAAACAAAAAUACAAAAAACGAAGUGUUCAGAAACCAAAACUAUAUUAAGAAAAUUAAAAAUAUAUUAAGCUUGUAAGAAUUUAAACUUCGUUUAUUAAAAUUUUGUUUACAUAGUUUAUUAAAAAAAUAAAAUAAAAUUGUUAAAACUCAAA